GCGAAGGCAAAACAGCUUCCACAAAAAGGGUAUCAUUUUGCCUUGUAAGAGCUCAAGCCCGCCCACUUCCGCUUCCCCUCUUCGCCAACAAUACCACCCUUUCGCCUCCUCGCCGUCGCCGCCACCGCCCUCCAUCGCCUCCCUCCCUCCCUGCUCGGCCUCUCUGGAUCGCCGGAAUCUUCAGGUCGGGCUUCCGUCCCUCCCCGCCGCUUCCUUGCAACGGGACGCUGCGGCCCCUUUCGCUGUCUGACAACCAGGAAUUUAGUCGCCGUCGCCUCGAACUCCACGUUUCCUUUUGUACGGGGUGUGAUCUCUUGGCUUCCGAUGGGCGCCUGAGCGAUCGGCGGUUUCGGCUUCAGAAAACGGUUGGGGAAAAGUCGUGAUUUUGAUGAGGCAAGGGCUGUGUUUGGAAGAGCGUUGAUGGAAGGUGAGAAUACGCCUGAUGAUGUUUCACCUGGUGGUUGUGGCAAGGUAGAGCCGCGGCUAUCGGAGCCGAGGUCCGCGAGUUCUAAGAUGGAGAGGAAAGGGCGCAAGAGGAAGUCUUUGCCGUCGGAUGAGGCGGAGGUCGGCGAGUUUGAUGAGGAUGAGCGGCCGAUUGGUUCCCUGUUCAAUCUCAAAAAGAUUAAGGUUGCGAAAAAAAGGAAGCCACCUUCAGUUAGAGUUGGAGCCGAAAACCCUAGAUGUGAUGAGCAGAUACAUAUGGGUGGGAUGGACGAUACAUUGGCCAGCUUUAGGAAGAAGCUGAAGGCUCCGAAGAAAGGCAAAGGUGCUACUGGUGGCCUUGUGUCUGAAGGAUCCAAGGAUUCCCUUUCAUUGGAUAGUGCAAAUUUGGACAAGAUGGAGGAUAUUUUCAGUCGCCGUGGGCAACCAGGAACUUCAGGAAGUCACGGGCGCAGAGGAUAUCAGCGUGCUUUAACUGGCAAAGAUGAGGCCAAAGGAGUGCCCCCGGUGCAUGACAACAAUUUUUCAGAUGGGAGAAUGGGAGAUUCACUGUCCACCUUUGUCAAGAGUGUUCAUCCAGCCAAGAAGGCGAAAGGAACAGGGGGAACCUCAUGCACUGACGUGGAGAUGAAGUUCAAAAUGGACAUGGUUUCUACUGAUGUACUUCUGAGUUCUCCUUCUAUGAAACAUAGUUUAUCUUCAGAUGGAUCCCACGGAAAAGUUAUCAAGAGAAAGAGUCGUUUAUCCUUGACUUCAGAUGGAUCCAGAGAAAAAGUUUUCAAGAGAAAGAGUCGUUUAUCCUUAACUUCAGAUGGAUCCAAAGAAAAAGUUAUCAAGAGAAGGAAUCGUCGAAAGUCUGAAUACUGUACUCUUCCAGACUUGAAGAUCGAUAACUUGUCAAAGGAGCAUUUGUGCAGGAACUCUGAUGCUGGAAUGUCAGUUAUAGAACAACCUGCUUCCUUGAGAAAAACAAUGACUGGCUCAUCUUUGCUUGAGGAAGAUAUGGUACCUAUUCCAAUGGCAUCUGAUGUUCUUGACUCAGCUAGUGCUCUCAAACAACCACUUUGCUGCCUGACUCAGGAAGCAUCUUUUGUUUCAGUAUUGGCUAUUGAGGGAAGUGCACAUUUUGAUUGUUAUGGUGGUUCAGAUGGACGUUUUGAGGAACCUUUAGAUGAUUCCGCUCCUUCCAUCCUACAGGUACAAACUCCUUACCAAACCUUCUACGAGAAGCUACCUGACCAGGUAAAUGAAAAGAUCGCAACAAAAGAGGCUAAUGUCAAACACCCUGUAUGUCUAUCAAAUUCUGUUGAUGUUUCAUCCGAGGGUUGCAAUGGGGUUAUGGCUGUACAAUGCCAGUACACAACUGAAUUUCUUUCAAACAAUAAGUUGUCUGAAAAAGUCGAGGGACCCAACACUUCCCCUGAUAAAGGCAUUCCUAAAGCUCCUGAAGGAAUUUCUUCUCUUAGAAAACCAAAGAAAGAAUUUAUGAAGCCCUUACUGAAUGAAAGAUAUUUCCACCCUUGUACUGGGAAUUUAACCAGGGAUGAAAUGCCAAAAUCAAAUUCUGGCAGAAUACUUGGAAGAUCCUUCUAUCAUGAUGAUAAGACACCAUCUCAAAUUGAAAUAACAAAUGUGAUAAACUCUGAAGGCCAUAAUGAACUUUUGUGUCCUCAAGUUUCACUGAGGGGCCAAUGUCAAGAGCUUCAGUUAGAGUUCCAUAAAACUUGCAGGAUUGGUGGAGACCAUAAUGAGCAUUUGUCUUGUUCGUGUUUCUCUCAUGCGGGUGUGAAUGCCGAAGAAACUCAUAGUUCAAUUGCCCAUCCAAAUCAUUCAGCUUAUCAUAAUGCAACAUCCUGUAGUUCACAAUGUUUACCUGCUAGGAUGCCAGUUGCAGACGAUCUUGAACCUGAUAAUGUUAUACAUCAAGCUUUUAGUGAGGGAGUCUCAUUGGUAAAUCCUAUCUUACACAAUGCUCCCAAAGAACCUUCUUCCGUCACCAAUAAAGUACCCACAACCAAUAAGGAUCCUGAUGCAGUUAAUUUUGAUGCUAGACUCGAUCAGAGAGAAACCCAUCAAAAUGAACUACUAGAAAAUAACCAAUCUACAAUUUCCUAUGCAAAAAUGCACAGGCUUGGUGACAUGGCAUGUGAGGGAGACGUCGAUUGGGAAAUCCUUAUGCAUGAGCAAGGUUUCUACACAAGUAUAUCUACAGCUGAUGAAAACCAAUCUUCUAGACCAAAAGCUAAAUCAUGUUUUUCAGUGGAUGCUACUAAUUCUGAUUCGGUAGCAGUAGCUGCUGGCCUAAAACCUCAUGCUGUUAAUCAUAUUGAGAAGAUUAAGUUCAGGGAUGUCUUUAAGCGAAGAGGUGGUCUUCAAGAAUAUUUGGAUUGCAGGAACUUCAUUUUAGGAUGUUGGAGUAAAGAUGUCAAGCACAUACUCCCUCGUACGAGCUGCGGCAUAACUGAUGUUCCUUCAAAGGAUGAACCACCACGUCAAACCCUCAUUCGUGAAAUCUACAUGUUUCUUGAUCGUAAUGGUUACAUUAAUGCAGGAGUUGCUUCAGAGCAAGGCAUUGUGAAACUUGGUAGUCUAUCUUAUCACAGAGAUCCGCAAAGGCUUCAAGAUAAGGGAGAUCACAUGGUGAAUGCAGCUGGUUUGGACAAAAUUACUCGCAACUUUUUUCAGGCUAAUCUUCUAGAGCAUACUACAGCGAUGUUGAAUAACAAUCUCACUGAAGUUCAGCAAAACAUGAAAUUGGUUGCAGGAAAUGAUGAAGGUGAGAGUCUCCUGCCAUCUUGUGGCAGAUUGGAGCACUCUCUUAAUGUUCAGGUGAAUGGGCAGACUAAGAUAGAGCAAGAUGUGGUGCCAGCAGUUACUGCAUGUGAUGCUGAAUGUUUCACAACUUCUAUGAUAGGGAACCUAGGGUGCUGGGACUCAGAAUCCAACUUAACGAAUGCAGUUGACAAUUUUACUUCACAUGAUGAAGGGACUAGACAGAGUGAUGCUCAUCAAGAAGACAAUGCAGAAACUUGUAAAGCUCCGAUAGCUUGUCAACAAAUUGACACCAUUGAUUGUGGACCAAUAGUUGAUGUUUCCUCAAAGCAUGCACUGGCUUUCUCUGAUACAGAUAGUAUCAAAGAAAUGGAGAGUGGGCAUGCUAAUGUUCAUUUGGCAUCUGUACAACCUUUAGGUGCAGAUAAUCAUACUAAAUCUGAUCCAAAUGUUCAGAAGAAGAUAAUUAUUGUCGGAGCAGGUCCUUCUGGCAUAACUGCAGCACGCCAUUUACACCGCCAGGGCUUUUGUGUGACUGUGCUUGAGGCUCGAGAUAGACUUGGGGGUCGUAUAUACACAGAUCGCUCCUCACUUUCAGUUCCUGUUGAUCUUGGUGCCAGUAUCAUCACUGGUGUAGAGGCUGAUGUUGCUACUGAAAGAAGGCCAGAUCCAUCAUCCUUGGUAUGUAGCCAGUUGGGUCUUGAGUUGACUGUUUUAAAUAGUGACUGCCCACUCUACGAUAUAGUCACGGGGGAUAAAGUUCCAAGUGAUUUAGAUGAGGCAUUGGAAACUGAAUAUAAUAGUCUUCUUGAUGACAUGGAACUUCUUGUGGCACAACAUGGUGAGAGUGCAAUGAACAUGUCUCUUGAGGAUGGACUGGAAUAUGCUAUUAGGUACCGACGUAUGUCCAAGGCAACAUCUGAUAUAGUCACAGAGUUUGAUAAACCAAAUUUAGUAAAUAAUCCUAUAAAAGUAGCUGUAAAUUCUUCAUCUUGUAGAUCAACAGAUUGUGUUGACAAUGAACUUAAAACUAAUGUUUUGAGUCCCUUGGAACGAAGAGUGAUGAAUUGGCACUUUGCACAUUUGGAAUAUGGAUGUGCUGCACCACUCACAGAUGUAUCUCUCCCGCAUUGGAAUCAAGAUGAUGUUUAUGGAGGAUUUGGUGGUCCCCACUGUAUGAUUAAAGGGGGAUACAGCACAGUUGUAGAAAAUCUAGGCAUGGGACUUGAUAUUCAACUGAACCAAAAUGUUACUGAGAUUAUCUACGACAUUAAUGAAACAGGUGGGGCCCUUCAAGAUGAAAAACAGGUUAAAGUAAUUACCUCAAGUGGAAAGGAAUUUGUAGGGGAUGCAGUCUUGAUCACUGUGCCACUUGGUUGCCUAAAGGCAGAGACUAUAAAAUUCUCUCCUAAGUUACCAGAUUGGAAGCAGGCAUCUAUACGAAGGCUUGGCUUUGGUGUGCUGAAUAAAGUCAUAUUGGAGUUCCCUACAGUUUUUUGGGAUGAUAAUGUCGACUACUUUGGAGCUACUGCAGAAGAAACUAAUCAAAGGGGGCAAUGUUUUAUGUUUUGGAAUGUAAAGAAGACAGUUGGUGCACCUGUUCUUAUAGCACUCGUUGUUGGAAAGUCAGCUAAGAAUGGACAAACUUUUGACAACUCUGAUCAUGUCGGCCAUGCAUUGCUGGUUCUUCGUAAGCUUUUUAGUGAAGCAGCUGUACCAGAUCCAGUUGCAUCUGUUGUGACCAAUUGGGGCAUGGAUCCAUUUAGUAGGGGCGCUUAUUCUUAUGUUGCUAUUGGAGCUUCUGGUGAGGAUUAUGAUACUUUGGGAAGACCAGUUGCAAACUGUUUAUUUUUUGCAGGUGAAGCAACCUGUAAAGAACACCCUGAUACUGUUGGUGGUGCUAUGAUGAGUGGUCUUCGAGAAGCAGUACGCAUUAUGGACAUCUUGACCACUGGUAAGGAUCACCUAGCAGAGGUAGAGUGGAUGGAAGCUAUACAAAAACAGUCUGACAGUCAACGAAAUGAAGUAAAGGACUUAUCAAAGCAACUUGAUGCAUACAAACUGGGUGCAUUAUCCAAAAGCUCUUCAGAUGGGAAGCAGUCAUUGCCCACCAAGGAUUCUGUAUUACAGGACUUGUUCUUUAGUGCAAAGACUACAUCUGGACGACUUCAUCUGGCUAAAGAACUAUUGCGUCUUCCUGUUGAAUCUCUAAAAUCUUUCACUGGGACUAGAGAAGGACUUGGCACACUGAACACUUGGAUCCUUGAUUCUUUAGGGAAAAAUUCGACUCAACUCUUGCGACAUUGUGUCCGCUUGCUUGUGCUUGUAUCAACUGAUUUAGUUGCUGUUCGUCUAUCAGGAAUUGGAAGAACCAUUAAGGAGAAGGUUUGUGUGCAUACUAGUCGUGAUAUUCGUUCUGUUGCAAGCCAGCUUGUCAAGAUGUGGGUAGAAGUUUUCCGCAAGGAAAAGGCUGUUAAUGGUCUGAAGUUGCUAAGGCAAGCAACAGGAUUGGAACUUUCCAAAGUAAGAUCUAAGGAUGGAAAAUCCCAUCUGCGUGCAUCUACUGAGACAUCAGAAACUAGAUGCAAUUUGCAAGUUCGUUCAUCUUCUGGAAGUCAUUCGCCAUCUAAAGCAAACAAUAGAAAGACUGAGGUUGCAGCCACAAAGUUAGAAUCAUCAAUGAGCUUAAAAUCUGAUGUCAAAUCAUUGCAUUUCCAGAGAAUGGCAGCUGCAAAGAAUAGUUUAGUUAUUUCUGAAGAAGAAGCUGCGACUUUUGCUGCCAUAGAAUCUGCACGAGCUGCUGCUCUGAAAGCUGCAAAGGCAUAUGCAACUUCAGAAGCAGAGGUCACUACAGUGCGUGAACUUCCAAAGAUACCAUCUUUCCAUAAAUUUGCAAGGCGUGAACACUGUCUACAAAUUGAUGAAUUGGAUGUCAGAAGGAGGCAAUCUGAUGGCAAUUUUAUUAGGCAAGAUUGUGCCUCAGAAAUAGAUUCAAGAAACUGCAGGGUUAGAGAUUGGUCUGUUGAUUUUAGUGUUGCAUGUGGUAACAUGGACAAUUCAAAAUUAUCUGGUGAUAACCAUACUCACUCUAGCUAUUCAAAUGAAUUAGCAUAUGCAUCAAAUGCAAGGGAACAUUCUGGAGAAAGUGUAGCAAUAGAUAGCAGAAUGACUAGAGCAUGGGUUGAUACAGAUAGGGCUGGUAGUGGUGGUGUCAAGGAUUCUGUUGCCAUAGAGAGAUGGCAGUCACAGGCAAUGGAUGCAGAUGCUGAUUUUUACUCCAGUAUUCAUAUGAGAGAUGAGGAAGAAUCCAACAAGGAAGUGUUACCAGAUGUACAAAACCAGUGUCACAGUGACGAAGUUGCUGCCAUACAAUUCGAAGAAAACAAAUCGCUGUUUGAAAAUCAAGUAAGAGGAGUCCACCAUAUUAAACAGGGAGUUGUGGACUUUGUGGCUUCCCUACUGAUGCCUUUAUACAGAACUAGGAAGAUUGACAGAGAAGGAUACAAAUCCAUAAUGAAGAAAGCUGCAACCAAGGUAAUGGAACAAUGUACAGAAAGAGAAAAAAAUAUGGCUGUGUAUGACUUUCUUGAUUUUAGACGGAAGAACAAGAUUAGAUCUUUUGUGGACAAGUUGAUUGAAAGACACUUGACUAUGCAACAGGGCGUGAAAUUGUGAUGUUGCCAGGAAUGCCAUGGAAUUCGGACAUACUCGAAGUGCUAUUGUCUGAAUGAUACAAGUCUAACACUUGCAGAUUAGAUUGCUGUGUGGAUGGAAUCUGGAAGUGUUGGAGUGUUGGCAACAUCAUUCUGGACCAGCUCUGCCGAAUGCCUUUUGAUGUGUAUGCCAAGCUAAAUGAAGAUAUCUUGAUUGGAUUUAUCGGCCACCAGCUGCUCUAUGAAUGCACCUUAAGGUUUAUCCCUGAGGACUCUAAUGCAAUUUCUCCUUCCAAGUUUGGCUACUCAGGAGGAAAUGCGAAGGAUCAGAACCAUUCAAAGUAAGAUCUAAAGAUGAGAAGCCACUACUAAUACAUCAGAAAAAUGGAUGCAAAAUGCAAGUUCCUUCAUCGGGAAGUCAUUUGCCAUCUAAAGCCAAUGAGGGUUGCCUGCAAAGAAUAUUUAAGCUGUAUCCGAAGAAUAAGCUGCUACUUUGCUGAUGUAGAAGCUGCACGAGUUGCUGCCCUGAAAGCCGCAAAGGUUUUACUGCUAUACUGUAGGCAAAUGCAACUUCAGAACCAGAGGCCACCGCUUUGUGUGAGCUUCCGAAGGUAUCAUCUUUCUAUAAAUUUUCAAGAUUAGAACAAUGCAAACAGAUUAAUUGGAUGCAAGAAAGAAGCUGUCAAAUGAUCUUUUUGUUAAGGCUAGUUUAUCAGAAACGGAUUCAAGAAACAGCAGGGUUAGAGAUUUAUCUGUUGAUUUUAGUGUUGCUCGUGACAGACUUACAUGAUUCAAAAGUGUCUUAUAUGAAUGAAUAGCAUAUCCUUUAAGUGCAGGGAAAAGGUCGGUGAAAAUCGAGCAAUAUCAAAUGAUUUCUUGAAAAGGUCAAAGAAGGAGAGUCAACCAUAUCAAACAAAGCCUCGCAAGUUUUUCGGCUUUAUAUAGAACUAGGAAAAUCGCCAGAGAAGGUUCGAAUCCAUAACAAAGAAAAGGAUGAACACUUUUCCUGGUGUAUUUGAUAUGAUGAUGAAAGAUACUAAUUCCAUUAACUAAGUUCUUAUGCCCUUUGCAUUGCUAAAGAUCUUGAUCUGCAUCUAGUAACUCUGAAGAUUCUAUCAAUUUUCUUUAGCCAAACAUCAACUUAUCGAUUUGUCAGUAAAGUUUAUCUGCUGUGGAAACUUAUUAAUAUUGAAACUUUUUUUUUUGUUGUUGCAGGUCAAAUCAAAUCUUUGGGGACAAGCUGUUUGUACUAUAAAUGAGAAUGCCAAACUGUGAUUGUCGACCAGGAAUGCUGCAGAAUUUAUUCAUUUUGGAAGCACAAUUGUGUAAUUGAUGAUAUUAUUUGUCGUUCUAACCAAACAUUAUUUUUUUUAAUACUGAUAUCCAGCUUGAUCGGGUUAAUCCUAGAGGGGACUUGUCUGGAUCGGUCAUCAAGAUAAAUAGAAAAUCACAAAUGGAUAGUUUAACCGUAUAAGUUUUUUAAACUCAUCAUAGUAAUGUCUUGGUGAGAUUUGAAUUCUUGUUAUCGGGGGCAUUGUAUCGUAAACUAAACACUAAUUUUCUUAAGUCUAAAUUUUGUUGCAUCUAGCAAACAAUUCAUUAUAAAAUAUGCAUAUUUUGUAUGAUACCUUACAAUGUUUUUAUUUUUGUUGGAAUUUAUAUAAUUUACUUUGAAUUUA